UCGAUCGUCUCUUUUCCGGGUUUCGACGUGAUGACGCACGUACGUUAGCCAUACCAUCAGUCAGCGUAUGAUAACAAUAAACAACCCUGAAACAAGAGAUACGCACUGACGGGACCUGUCGCUCCGAAUCAAGUCAAACUUAGCGAAAACAUGAGCUGACACAGCCGCGGACAGUUGGAGUAAAGUAACGCGGGAGCCUCGUCCGUCCUGACACCAAGUAUUUUCAGUUUUUUGUGUCAGACCUCGGGGAGAAGUAGAGUUGCGGUUCGACCCUUCCUUAGCCCCUCGUAGCUAGCUGUGGCUCAUUCCUUGUUCUUUGCACACUUCGUGUUCGCCUGUUAUGCAGUUGCCAGAGGACUGUAGCCGCACUCGUUCUCCUCCGCCACCUCUUCGCUCCCUCUCCCCGCUCUCUCUGGCCCUAUGUCUCGCUGGCUCUUCCCCUGGUCGGGCUCUAUCAAGAAGCGGGCCUGUCGGUACCUCUUGCAGCACUACCUCGGCCACUUUCUGCAGGAGAGACUGAGCCUGGACCAGCUGGGAUUGGACCUGUACAACGGCAGCGGUGUCAUCAAGGAAAUCAACCUCGAUGUCUGGGCGGUCAACGAGCUGUUGGAGUCUCUGGGAGCUCCCCUGGAGAUAGUGGAUGGUUUUGUGUGCAGCAUAGUGGUGACCAUCCCCUGGCAAGCUCUCCUGACUGAUCACUGCACCUUAGAAGUUUCUGGUCUUCAGAUAACAUGUCGACCAAAGUACCGGACCAGCGGGGGCUGGGACUCACAGGGCUGGUCAUCCAGCAUGACCUCCAGCAUGCAGCUGGCUCAGGAGUGCCUGAAAGACCCCCCAGAGGCGUCAGAGGAGCCACCUGCCCCACUGGAGGGGCUUGAGAUGUUUGCACAAACCAUUGAGACGGUCCUUCGUCGUAUUAAAGUCACCUUUAUAGACACUAUCGUUCGCAUCGAGCACCAGCCCCAGGACCUGGAAACAGGCAUUGCCUUAGAAAUGCACAUUAAACGGCUGGAAUACUUUGACGAGGCGGUGCGAGAUCCAGCCAGCCAGACUGCUGUGCCUGUCGACAUCCACCAGCCACCUGCCUUCCUUCACAAGAUCCUCCAGCUGAGCGCUGUUCAGCUGUUUUAUGACAGCAUCGGCACAGUGCAGGGUUUUCCUGAGGAGGAACACCCAGAUUCAGCGCCAGCAAGUGAAGGAGAGGAGGAGGAGGAGGGUGAAGAAGAUGAUGAGGAAGAGCCAAAGCCGCUGGCUGUCCCUCCCUGUCCGACAUCUCAGCCACUGCUCAUAGGAAGCUGCUCUGGUUUCAUCGAGACCACCUUCAAGAUCAAAAAGAAUGACAUGUUGCCUGGACCAAAGUUGGAGUUGGAUGGGAAGGUGGGCUGUGUCCACAUGCUGCUGACUCCAGAUCAAAUAACCCAUCUGACAGACCUGCUGGCAGCUCUCUGCAUAGACACUGAGCAAGAUACCAAGUGUGGUGGAGUGCACAGCCGCCCGUUAGACUCAGACGACCUGCGUAUGAUUGAAGAAGAUCUCAGUAAACAGCUUGGUUCCAGUCCCAGGGACAGGGAGUGGGAUUCAGAACUUGACCUGGAGCCCUAUGUCACUGGCCUGGAGAAUGGAGAAAUGUUUUUCUCUAUGGGUCCUACUGGGAUGAGCAGUAGCGUGACGUCUGUACGUUCCGGCAGUGAGCUGUCAGACAGCGAUAUGGAGUCCUCUACACACAGUCUAGCCAGCUUCACACAGCCUGCAGCACUUUCUGGACAGGGCAUGAUGAACUGUCCCAGGAGGUAUCCUGUAGCUGGCUGUCUGUCGAAUCUACCGCAGGCCAGCACUCGCACCAGAGGACGCUCACACAGUGGCCAAUCAGAGCAGCUGAAGCCUGAAGCUUUGUUGCGUCUGACGCUUGGCGGGCUCACCCUAACUCUGCUGCAGGAGGACCCGCCCACGAGCCUUGACAGAGCCUCAUCAUUGGCCCAGGUGUCUCAGGUGUUCUUUCGGGAGCUGGCGUUCUUCAGAGACAGCAUGUUCAGUGAGAGAGACUUCCAUCAUCUGAGAAGUGGCUUUUCCAAAGCCUGUCCACACUCUCAUCUAAGACUGACAGGAGCAGCAGUGCAGGUUGCUUGUGAGACGCGAAGCGGGAGGCGCCACAGCCGAGCCGUAACCUCUGACCUUUCCUUCAGCAGGCUUGAGCUGUUAGAGUGCCUCUGGGAGGACGGAAAGCCUCAGUACAAUGAGCUGCUUCAGUUCCAGAAAUCUGGUCUGUUCACAAUUGGAGCUGCAGCCAGACCAUGUGCCCAAUUACACUACAGCCUCAGUGAAAGACACCUGCGGAAGGGUAAACAGCGGGUGGUGCGUCGGGACAGUGUGGUGCGGGUGGAGCUGGCGGAGCUUUGUGCCGAGCUGGACCUGGACAUCCUGAGUCGCCUGGGGAACCUGAGCAAAGCCUUCAGCCACUGCCCCACACAGAGAGCCGGACCUGGACUUAUACAGACCCAGAGCAGUGAGCUGUACUCCUCCUUCACCCUCAUCUCCCCACACGCUGUCCUCAGGCUGCGUUUCCCCAUACCUGACCUGCGCCCCCUCCCUAAGCGUCGGCCUCCAACUCAGAGGGCAGUGCGGCAGGAGAUCUUGGUGCUGGAACUAACGGAGCUGGAACUGAAGCACCAGGAGGCCCCGGACCUCCAGGGCAGCCAGACCGCGCCGGGACAGCCGUGGGCUCCCUGCCUCACCCAGCUGCUGGAGGCGUCCUUCACUGACCUGCACGGGUCAUAUGAGGACUGGGAGGGCGGCUCUUUCCCCUGUAUCAGAGUGAAGAAGAACCAUGACUCUCUCCCCAGGUUAUCAGUGCAUGUGCGUGGAGGUGAGGCUCAAGGCCCGGCAGCAGGUCUGAGUGGGACCAACCUCAUCAGGGACCUGGGGGCCGCCUUCUUUGAAAGUCACUGUGAACUCAAUGACAAAACCAGCUCUCCGUUCUCUUCAAACCGCACCAUGUUUGAGACUGAGGAGAUGGUGAUUCCAGCCGACCCAGAGGAGAUGCGUCAGUUUCAGACGCAGUGUGUUGCUCAGUGUCAGUGUGCCGUGGACAUCAGCUUGCCACUGGCCUACAUUCUUCUGCCCAGUAAACAGGCUUUCCAGAGCAUCUACAACAGGAUCAACAAUGACCUGUUGAUGUGGGAGCCUCCUCCCCCUCCUCCCCCCUCAGGCAACAGCCCCAACCACAGCCGCCAUCGUCAUGACGAGUUCCAGCUCUGCAAGUCGGCCUUCAGACUGGACUCUGAUUCAGAGGAGGAUGAGCCUCCAUUCUACUUGGCCAGUGAAUCAGCUGGAAAGUCAGGUCCCCGUCCCAACCACAACCUGAGCCUCCUCUCGCUCACUGUGAUUAUCGGCAAAGGACGGCUUGAAGCCAGAACUGACAGAAAGGAGGACCAGAGUCAUGGGGAGAUUGUACUCGACCUGGAGGGAGGGAAGAUUUUCAGUGUGGCGCAGCACCAGAAUGACCCUAAUCUCAAUUUCCUGUGUCUGGAGAGCAGACGAGUGGAGCUGUACCACAAAGCGGUGGUAAAAGACACCCCUAUCCCACAACGGUUGGAAAUGCCGAGCUUCACUCCCCCAAAACACUUGGACCCUACCAUCUACCCCACAGAGGUGGGUGUGAGCAGCGUGAGCGGCAGGGAGGGGGAGCUACAGAUGUUAUCCACCGCCAUCAAAAUCACACUGGACCUCCAGAGGAAUGUUAAGGAGUUUCUAGUUGCCCUUCGACUUCAAGGUGCCACCAUGAGACAUUACAUGACGCAGACCAAUCAGAGCUGGCAUGAACAGCUGGUCGAGUUCCUGGAUGUCAUUGAUGAUCCCAUUCUGGGAUACACAGCACCUGCUGUCAUCACUGUCCUCCACACACACCUCGCUACCUGUGCUGUCGACUACAGACCUCUGUAUCUGCCACUGCGAGUGUUGUUCACUGCAGAGUCCUUCUCUCUGUCCAGUAACAUUAUCGUCGACACCGCCACCUUCCACCUCAGAUUCAUCCUGGAUGACUCUGCUCUUUACCUCUCUGACAAAUGUGAGACUGACACUGUUGACUUGAGGAGAGAUUAUGUGUGUGUCCUGGACAUCGACCUGCUGGAGCUGGCCAUCACCACAUGGAAAGGCAGAGAUACAGGCAAAUUGACUCAGCCUCUCUUCGAGCUCCGUUGCUCCAACAACGUGGUCCACCUGCACACCUGUGCCGAUUCCUGUGCCGCCCUCGUCAAUCUGCUGCAGUACCUGGUCGCCCAGGGGGACCUGCACCCCCCGCUGCGACACGCCUCACCCACUGAGAUCGCUGGCCAGAAACUACCACUGUCGGAGAGUCCUGCCUUUGUGCUGCCCUGCCCUCCAGCUGAAACCGCUGAGAUCAACCAGUACGAUCUGGCUGAUGCCUUAAUAGACACAGAAAAGAGCCACAGAGAAGACAGUUCAGAUCCAGGCUCUCCCUCAAUGCGGAGAGGCUCACCUGUCUCGGUUUACCUUUUCCCUGGUGAAGCCUCGAAGCACGGCCCCUCUGUCCUGCAGGGGGAGGACUCUGAGCUUGAUGGAAUGGUUGCUACAGCAACAGAGGCUCAGGUAGAUAUGAUGUCAGAUGAAGGCUCAGAUGGCUCCACAGACAACGACGACUUCUGCAUCCUGGAGGCUCCUGGCAUGGGCAUUCCUCCCAGGGAUGGGGAGCCCGUGGUGACGGUGCUAGCCCAGGGGCCCGUCAGGGUGAAGGACAGUCACUUCUCGAGGCCUCGUGGCAGCUCCGAUCUGCUCCGAGCCCCCAGUCGCUUUCCGGUGCCCCAGAGCAGGGUGGUGCUGCGGGAGAUCUCUGUGGUCUGGCAUCUAUACGGGGGGAAAGACUUCGGCAGCAAGCCCAUGUCUAUACAUGCCCAGCAGGCAAACAGAGGGCGUUCGGCCCCUGCUGGUGUUCGUGGGUCCCCCUCUCGCUCCGUUGCUUCCUCUCGUCCCCAGAACUCCUGGCGGUGGGCGGGAGGCAGCGGCCGUCAGCACACGCUCCUGAUGGAGAUCCAGCUCACCAAGGUGUCCUUCCAGCAUGAGUCCUAUCCACUGGCAGUAGCAGGGCAGGAUGGGGAGGGGUCAGUGGCAGCCAUGAUCGCAGCCGGUCCUGUCAUCGAGCAGCCCCUCUCCAGACAGGUGUUCAUCGUCCAGGAGCUGGAAGUUCGAGACCGACUGGCCUCCUCACAAAUCAACAAAUUCCUCUACCUCUACACCAGCGAGAGCAUGCCCCGCCGAGCCCACUCCAACAUGCUGACAGUGAAGGCCCUGCAGGUGUGUCCAGAGUCUGGCCUUGGUGGUCCAGAGUGCUGUCUUCGGGUCAGUCUGCUGCCACUACGACUGAACAUCGAUCAGGAUGCACUUUUCUUCCUUAAGGACUUUUUCAGUAAUCUAGCUUCAUAUGUUAACCCUUACCUGCCUGUGGACCCUGCAACUGAAGUGAAGGCAGACCCGUCCCAGAAGUUGUCUGAGGAGGCAGAGGCAGCUCCUGGUCUGGGACCUGACCUUACAGCAUCUGUUGAAACCACCUACAGUGAGCAGAGCUCCUCCUCUGCAGGCUCCACUUCCUCCUCUGACCAGCCAAUCUACUUCCGGGAGUUUCGUUUCACCUCUGAAGUGCCUAUCUGGCUGGAUUAUCAUGGCAAACACGUUGUCAUUGAACAGGGAACGUUUGCAGGGAUCCUGAUUGGCCUGGCUCAGUUAAACUGUUCAGAGCUGAAGCUGAAGAGGCUCUGCUGCAGACAUGGUCUCCUUGGUGUCGACAAAGUGAUCCAGUACGCCGUUACAGAGUGGCUGACAGACAUCAGGAAGAACCAGCUGCCAGGACUUCUGGGAGGUGUUGGCCCUAUGCACUCAGUUGUCCAGCUUUUCCACGGAGUGAGGGAUCUGUUCUGGUUGCCCAUAGAGCAGUACAGGAAAGAUGGACGCAUUAUCCGAGGUCUCCAGAGGGGUGCAGCAUCCUUUGGUACCUCAACAGCAUCAGCCGCUCUGGAGCUCAGCAAUAGACUGGUGCAGGCCAUACAGGCCACCGCAGAGACGGUUUACGACAUCCUUUCGCCAACACCACCUCUGAAUCGCUUCGCCAUCACUGAGGGCCGAGCCCCCUCCAGCCGACCUCGCAGAGCCGCCCAGCCUGCUGACCUCAGAGAGGGUGUGGCCAAAGCCUAUGACACAGUCAGAGAGGGAGUGAUUGACACGGCUCAGACUCUGUGCGAUGUAGCAUCCCGCGGCCACGAACAAAAGGGUCUGCCUGGUGCUGUGGGCGGUGUCCUGCGGCAGAUCCCACCCACUGUGGUUCGACCUUUGAUAGUGGCGUCCGAAGCCACCUCCAAUCUGCUCGGUGGCAUGAGGAACCAGAUAAAACCAGACGCCCGAAAGGAGGAUUUCCUGAAGUGGCGCACGGAGGAUGGUCAAGAAUGAUGGCGGCUUUUUGUUUAUGUGUGAGAGAGAAUGACUGUGUGUAUGUGUGCACAUGUGUGAGAGAGAUUAUUGAAAUUAUGAUUUAGGAAAGUCUGAUCGAAAAGAGUGAAUCCAGAGUUUGAAUGUGUAUUUGCAUGUGUGUAUGGUCUAAAGAGAAUCAGCCUGUGCUCCAAUGCAAAAACAAAGCAAAGACUAAUUACUACUGCAGUUACUAACAGCCAGUGUUGUAUGUGGCUCCAUCAUACAUGGACACAGCAGAUUUAAUUGUUGGCUCUCCUCAUAUCCCUCCUCUCAGUUAUACACUAGUCUGCAGAUGUUCCUUUGCAAACAUAUCACCGUCACACUGAUUUUCAAUCCAACAAAGGGCAGGAAGGAUCAUCACUCUCAAGGUUUGUAUUGCUUGUAAGGAAGACACUGAUGGAGGGCACUUCAAGUGCUUUAAACUCUUUAUAUUCUGAUUAAAAGUAGUGGCACAACUUUACCUUCCUCCCGUGGAAGCAGAAUAGUUUCAUGGGCAUCAAAACUCCAGCAGCAUUUGUGAAGCUCGUAGCAGAGACAGAGAGGAAAGAGUCAAGGAAUUGCCUUUUUCUAACACGCUCCAGAUGUUGGCAGAUGGUUUUCACCCUGACUUCACAACACCACACCGUGUGACUGGUACAGCUUCAGCCCCACUACGCACCCACUUCUCUCAGUGCUGUUAUUUGUGCCAUAAACCUUGCAGAGUGCCCUUUUUGAUGAGUUUGUUUUGCCUUCCUCAAUCCUGUUCUUUCCCUUUCACACAUAUACUGAUACACACCUGACUGAACAAAAUCACCUGAUCACAUGAAGUAUCUAAACUCUGUAGUGCAUUGGAUUUUGUUAAAACUUCUCAAAGUCAAGUUGGACUUAAGUUGUUAAUUGUUUUACAAAGUGAUGCCAGUCGAAGUCCCUGCAUUACAGCUCGUUUGUGCUUGUUUCCAUGAGGAGUUUAGAGCCUGGGGCCCUGAAUAAACCGACAGUAACUGCUUUGCCCACUUCUUUAGAUGCCUUCCUGCAUUUUUUCUCUAUGUGUUUUUUAUUUUGUCAAAAUAUAAGUAUUGUCGUACUCAUUUUCAAAAUAAGAGUUGAAAGGAUGUGAAUCUGGUGACUAUGGAGGAAGAAGAAUUAGGGGUUUUGUGAUUUAAAAAAAAAAAGUUUUACAUUUUUAUCGUUUUUGUUAUUUAGCGUAAGGGAUAUGUGCGUGUGUGUAUGUGUGUGUUUAAGUGCGCGCAUGAUGCAUGUCUGUGAUGGUGACAGGCUGAAGCCUGUUACGUCUCUUGUGUGUAAUUACUAUUUACUAUAUCAUAAACUGUAUGAAUGACCUGUAUAAUACAAAGACAAGGAGUAGACAAAAUUAAUACAAAAAAUAAAAAAUUUGAGUAUA